UUGGUUAUCUGCAGUCAGUUUACGCUCAUGAUCCAGCAAGCAUGCAGUUCGGACUCAUCCUCCUUCAGUUCGCCCUGAUACAAUUAAUCGACAUGGUAAAAUGCGAGAAACCGUGCGCGUCCUUUCGUAACACCGAAGUUCGCGUUGUCGAUCUGAAAGGCGAAUCAUACAGUCAAUCGAUCUUCGGCUGCAUCCAGCCCAAUAACUUCGGUGACAGUGCCGUGCUGGAGGUCCACGUUAUAAAUCAAGACUUGCCGAGGUUGGGACGAGAUGCCGUGCGUAAUAUGCACCACCUGACGCACUUGAAAUUCAACAAAUGCAGCUUGACCACUUUGGCACCGGGAUGUUUUAAGGGUCUGUCCAGAUUGUGGUAUUUCGAAGCGUCCGACUGUGGAAUAUCGUCGAUCGGUUACGGAGUGUUCAACCCGUUGAAUUCGUUGAACACCGUUAAAAUCUACAAUACCGAUCUGUUCGAAAUCGAUAACGAAGCCUUUGGGUUUUUGCCAUCUUUGAAAAACGUGCAUCUCGAUCACAACAAGUUGGAAUAUUUUAAUCCGGAUUGGUUCCUUAAUUCCACGAACUUGGAGGUGAUUGAUUUGAGAUUCAACUAUAUACGAGUUAUUGAGGGUCUGUCGUUCAAAACGUUCCACAAGUUGAAGGAACUGCAUUUAGACAACAACGAUAUAUCCAGCUUGUCCAAGAACUCCUUCAAAGGGCUGCGCAAACUUCAACAUCUUGGGCUCAGAUUUAACAGAUUAAAAUCUAUACCGUCAAAGCUGUUCGCAAACUCGGUUAAAGUGAUGAGAAUAGACCUGGGCGGGAACUAUUUAAAUUACCUUCCAACCGAAUUAUUCAGUAAACUCAUAGUGAAAACGGCCGUUUUGGACGCUAAUCCUUGGAAGUGCGAGUGUUUGCAGAAAAUUCACGACUGGCUGUUCGAAAUUGGAGCAGAUCUGGAGAAGUCCCAGUAUUGUGAGGAGAUCCCCAUUUGUUAUUCCUUGAACGUGGGGAAAAAUACUUGUUUGGAGACUGAAAAUGAGGACGUAACUAGUCGAUAUCAGCAAGCUUUGCAAAGUUUGUCAUCAAUGGGUACCGAAUUUUGUGCUCGCCUACAAUAAGCUAUUAUUUCCUAUUAUUCAUUCGUUUGUAUUUAUUAUUGUUAUAUUUGUUUUUAUUUAUUUUUAUUUCUUAAUAAUAUAACUUAUUUUUUAUUAUUUACUAUUUCUUGUCCCUUUUCCCUUUUAAUAUCAGCGUAUAUACCUAAUAAAUUUUGAAAUUGA